AUGGACCUCGAGUCUUGCGAUCCCCACAAGGUUUGUCCGCCUCCUUCGCAUACUUUAAAAAUAAUGCCUGGAUUAUUGUUCCGUUCAGCUUUCGGGCUUGCCGUUCCAGAAAGGACGAUGUUUGCGGAUGUCAUUUAACAGCUUACUGUAAAUACAUUUGAUACUUUCAAAAACCAAUUAUUUUGGAAAUUUAUCAACAAGAAAGAAGAAAAUAACCAGCAUAUCUAUGUGAAGCUUAAAAACUAGAAGUUCUCAGUUCUAAACGUUUUUUCGGAUAGAAAAACAAUCCUGAGGCCGUAUGCAAGAAAACGGUAAACAAACUUACCGCGUUUGCCCAGGAAUGGUAAAUGGCCUAAUAUCGUACAUCAAUUUGAAAAGUUUUCAUAACUCUGUAGGAAAAACUCUUGUAGAACUUUCUUUAGAGAAUAAAUUACUUUGAUUUUUGAGAGCAUAUCUAUUUUACCAUUUUACAAUUUUUUUUAAAAAUCUUACCAUUUUCGGGUGAACCACGGUAGAGGCAUUUACUAUUUUCUCGCAUACGACCUCUGAUUUUUCUGAUUAGAGAAUAUUUGAGUGGAAAUAGUAUUUUCGGAGGAUCUCAGGUUUACGGAGGACCGGCGCCCAACUGCACGGUUCCCUUCACCGUCUUCGAUCACUACACCAACACCUGCGUCUCGGCGGCGCUCAUCCAGUUCGAAGACCAGGUCAGUUCGACUCCUUUUGCUCUCAUGAAACCAAAUCUUCCUGUCUUUUUUUACAUUUCGCGUUUGCAUUACAGGUUACAUAUAGGUUCAUAUUCAAACAUAAAACUGAGCUUCAACUCAGAAACGAAUCAGACUGGCUUUAGAGACAGACUCGCCCUUUUUUGUUUAAAUUUAAGAGAAUUUUAAUAUUUGACUAAAUUUAAGAAUUUUGAAAACUUCGAAGGUCUAUUUGAAACAGAUUUUCUGAAAUAAUCCUUUCGAUGUAUUGCUUUCAUAUUUUCAAUGCAAAUAAUAGAAGAGUAUAUUCGGAAAGAAAGCGUUCGGAUUCAGGAAAACGAACUGAUCAUGAGAAUCAUCUACGGCUACGUCCUGCCGGUGCUCGCCGCAGCGGUCGUCCUCUCCAACAGCAUAGUUAUUCUCGUGCUCAACCAACAAAAGAACGUGAGACUUCCGAAAACUACUCAAUCCACUUCAACAUCCGACUGCUGUGAGUUCAGAAGAGGGCGAGCAUCGAGGCUCUGCUGUGGAUGGCGGUGUCCUCGCUGAUGAUGUCGCUGUCGCCGCUCCCCUUCACCAUCUAUUACUACAACCUCGCACACUACCUCGACUUCAACCAGACACUCUUCCUUUGCAACUUGCAGAAGGUGGGCUAUGAGCUGCUCUCAAACUACUUUAACCUUUCAGGUGUGCAUGGAGGUCUUGCCUUUCUUCUUCAACACUCUCGUCACGCUGUUCACCCUUCUCCUGGGGUCUCAGAGGUGCGAAAUGAGAGAAAAAAAAACGUUCAAUUCUCCUAGAUAUGUCAGAUGAAGAUCUUGAAAGUCAAAGAUUGCAAAAAUCUCAAAUCUUCAUGAAAAAAGAGCUCUCAAAGCCUGAGAAUCCCUUUUCUUUUUUGAAUUUUGAUGUAGUUCUGAACAGGACGAUCGUCAGGCUUAAAAGGAAUUUCAUUAAGCCCGUUUUAAUUUUUAAUGUGACUUGGGUGAAGUGUACUGCAGGACCACCUGUUUCCAGAACAAGAAAAGAUAUACUCAACCUUUGUUUUCUAGUCGAGUUUUAAUGCACUGUUACUUGAAGCUUUAUAACCCGAGUAAAAGACAAAAAUGAGAAAUUUUUUUUUCUACCAUGAAACAUAAAACAAACUAAUCCUUCGAAAAUCGGAAAGUCUCCUCAGAUUCGUCGCGGUGCACUAUCCGCUGGAGUCCCUCCGCUGGUGCACGCAGAGGAUGGUCCGGCGCUAUUCCAAGCUCAUCUUCCUUUUUGCCGUGCUCCUCACCACCCUCCACUCGAUCUUCGACGUCCGUCUCAUCUACCACUUCUGCAUUUUGGUUUUUUCUUGUCCUUACUCUCGCAAGAGCUGGCGCUUUUCCAGCAAGGCGAGGAAUCUUUCUGGGUCGCCCGCUGCUUCAUCGGCCACUCUGCUCUCACCACAGCGAUGGGUGCACAAACUUUUGCAUCUGUUAGUCUAUUUUCAAUUUGGCAGUAUAAUGGAAAUGAACAUAGGCGUAAUGAGACUUUUUUGUAGAUUUUCGACCUUUUCCGAGUUGCUCUCGUCGUGGUACCAAGUGUGCUGCUAUUUAUAGUCACCAUAUUGCUCAUUCAAACGAUCAGAAGCCAUGACGACGUGAAAACGAGGUUUUCUUUCAUAUCUUUACAAGCCUUCAACCAACUAUAUUUGGAGGUUUUUUUUAAAAAGUACACGGUAGUACUUUUGGAUGCGAAUAACAUUUUUUUUCAUUCCGAAGGGCGAAUGUAUGUGAGUUCUUCUUUCAGCUUCGGGGUUAAAAGACACAUCAAGUCGCAGAAGAGUUCGCAAAACACCACCAUCAUGCUCACAGUCAUCAUCGUUCUUUUCAUGGUGGCGAGGUACGCUUUGGCCGUAUCUGAAGAUUUAAACACAACUGACAGAGCUCCUUCUACGAUUCUGAUAGUGAUAGUGCGUGUGCUGGACUACCUUCCAGUGCCAGCCAUCGCCCUCGAGUUCGUACACGACGUCUGGCUGCGGGCCGCCGUCAACAUCACACUCAUCACUCUUCAUCCGAUAACCUUCGCCGUCUAUAUGUUCAUGUCGAGGUUAGUUCGCUCUAAUUGAUUUACUUAUCCCCUUUUCUCUUUGGGCGGUUUCGAGUUUCGCUGCGACGACUUCUGGGUUGGAAGUUUCUGGCGUCGGACGAAGAGUUUCGAGCGUUCACGUCGUCGCAAAUCCACCGUCCAUCGGCUUCGACGCUGCACCUGGAAGGCGACAGGCGCCGCAACUUCUGCGUCCGUUUUUCUCUCUCUGA